AUGGAUAGCGAGCAACCGGUCCUCAUAAUCGGCGCCGGCCUCGUCGGCCUGGCCCUGGGCCAAGCCCUCAAGCGCGCCUCGAUCCCCUUCCGCAUCUACGAGCGCGACGCCUCGCUCACGACGCGGAGGCAGGGCUGGGCCGUCACGCUGCACUGGGCGCUCUCCUUCCUGCCGGAGCUGCUCCCGGACGACGUGCUGGCCCGCCUCGUGAGCAGCGCGCAGGUCGACCCGGCCAACGGCGCCGGCGGCCACGACGGCGGCAACUUCCUCUUCCUCGACCUGCGCGACUGCUCCGUCAAGUUCAAGAUCCCGCCCAACCGGCGCUGGCGCCUGCACCGCGAGAAGGCGCGCGCUGCGCUGCUGUGCGGGCUGGAGGACCGCGUCGUCUGGGGCGCGCGUGUCGUCGAUGUCGUCGUGCAGCCUUCAGGUUCUGCUGAACGGCCCACCAUCGUCUUCGAAGACGGCACCACUGCUACGGGUAGACUCGUCGUCGGCGUCGACGGCAGCAGGUCGCGCAUCAGGCAGGUGCUGGCGCCCGCGACGUUCCGCAACGAGCAGCUGCCGCUGCGCUUCACGGGCGUCGCCGUCGACAUGACGGCCGAGGCCAUCGCGCCGCUGCGCGCGCUGGACCCGCUGCUCUUCCAGGGCCUGCAUCCGCCAACGAGGACGUUCAUGUGGUACUCGGUGCUCGAGACGCCGCCCGCGGCGAAUGGAACGACGGAGAAGGAGAGCAGCGGCAGCCAGGAACAGGGGAAGACUUACCGCGCGCAGCUGAACAUGUCUUGGCCUGUGGAAGGGCCAGAAGACGAGGUUGCAGACACGGACUCAGCGAGGCUGGAGUUCAUGAAGCAGAGGGCUCGGCACUUUGAUCCGCGGCUCAGGCGGGUGUGGGAGGGGAUUCCGGAGGGGACCGUCGUCACGGAAGUGAAGCUUGCUGAUUGGCCCUGCUUGGAGUGGGACAAUAGGAAUGGCCGGGUCACACUUGCCAGUGAUGCAGCGCAUGCAAUGACCAUGUAUCGGGGUGAGGCAGCGAACCAUGGCCUUUUGGACGCCUUGCUGUUGGUCGGAGCGCUGAAGAAGGUUUAUAGCGGCGAGGUGGAGCAGCAAGAGGCCAUCAAUGAGUACGAAAAGGAGAUGAGGAAGAGGGCAGGACCGGCCGUUCUGAUGAGCCGCCAAGCAUGUUAUGAUGCGCACACGUGGGAGAGUUUGACUGAGGAUUGCGCUGUUCUGAAAAGACGGGCCAUCGAGAGCCUCCCAUAG